AUGGCCACAAGUCAUGUGCGACCUAUCGUGGAGAAGUUGAAGCGUUGUGGAACUGGGCGGUUCUUGGAGUUGUUGCGGGAGGUCGACGCAUUUGCAGAACGCAUCAUGAACGCACCUGGUUGUCUACAAGGGUCGUUUGUCGACUCUCCUGCACAACCGAGCGGGGUUCAAAUGGAAAAAGACGUUAAGAAGGAGGUGGUUUGUUGUAUGGUUAGGGAGGAGGGUGAUGUGUUUGUCGCGCAGAUGGGUUCUAGUGAAGAAUCUUCUGUAUGUGUUCUGCGCAAUGACAAGCUACUUCCCAACUUCCGCACUCGUGGUCAUCCGUGCAUGUAA